AUGGAGACCCGCCAGGUACCCAGGAGCCCCCGGGUGCGGCUGCUGCUGCUGCUGCUGCUGCUUGUGCCCUGGGGCCACCGCACUGCCUCAGGAGUCGCCCUGCCGCCCGCGGGGGUCUUCAGACUCCGCACCCUGCGCCGGGCUUGCAUGUAUCCGACCGCCCCCCAGUCGCGGCGGAGCCUGGCGCUGGCGGACGAUGCGGCUUUUCGGGAGCGCGCGCGGCUGCUGGCCGCCCUUGAGCGCCGCCACUGGCUGAACUCUUACAUGCACAAGCUGCUGGUGCUGGACGCUCGCUGAGCGCUCUGCCCGCCCCACCUUA